UAAAGAAAGAGAACUCUUUCUUGGCAUCAAAUAACAAAAAAGGUAUCUCUUCUCAGUGAGGCCACCCUUUGAAUGAAAAAUACUAAAACCAAACCACCCCACAAAUCCAAACCUCUUUCUUCUCCAAAUCCAAAUUCAAUUUAAGUAGUUCAAAUGCAAUGGAACACCUCCCCUUUUCCUCCAAACAAAAAUCAAAUCAAUGCGUUCAACUCUCCCCUCCUCCACCUUUUUCUCCCUAGUAUAUUUCUUAUCAUGCUUGUUGCUGGUCCAACUUAGCCUUACAAAAUGCAGCACGUUCACUAUUACUAAUAACUGUCAGCAUCCCAUUUGGCCCGGGACGUUGGCGGGCGCGGGAACGGCCCAACUACCUUCAACCGGGUUCAGGCUUGAACCAGGCCGGUCAGUCCGUCUUCCAGCCCCACCGCGCUGGUCCGGCCGGAUUUGGGCCCGAACCGGAUGUGCAUUUGGGCCAGAUGGAGCUGGAAAGUGCGAAACUGGUGACUGUGGUGGCCACAUGGAGUGUGGUGGCUCCGGCGCUCUCCCACCUACCACUCUCUUCGAAAUCACCCUCGGUGAGGGCACUAACAAAGACUUCUAUGACAUCAGCCUUGUCGACGGAUACAAUCUACCACUCGUCGCUAUACCAAGAUCAACACAAGGUGGGACCUGUAAUUUCACCGGAUGCAUUUCUGAUAUAAAUUUAGGGUGUCCAAAAGAGCUGCAAAUGGAAGGUGGGGGCAGUGAGGUGGUGGGGUGUAGGAGCGCAUGUGAAGUGUUUGGAUUGGAUGAGUAUUGUUGCAGUGGAGAAUAUGGGAAUCCAGGGACUUGCAAGCCAUCAGGAUACUCAAAUUACUUCAAGAAGUCAUGCCCUACUGCUUAUAGCUAUGCAUUUGAUGAUGCCUCUAGUACAUUCACUUGCAAUGCCUUUGAUUACAACCUUGUUUUUUGCCCUCCCACCAAUGGUCCGACAAAACCAAAUGACUUUAACAGUGCUCAACCAAACAAAGGAAACAGCAAUGACAGGCAAACUCAACCAAACUAUGGAUACAGUAAUGGAAAUCAACCACAACCAAACAAUGGACCCAGUAAUGGAAGUCAACCUCAACCAAACUAUGGAUACAGCAAUGGAGAUCAACCACAACCAAACAAUGGACCCAGUAAUGGAAGUCAAACUCAACCAAACUAUGGAUACAGCAAUGGAGAUCAACCACAACCAAACAAUGGACCCAAUAAUGGAAGUCAACCUCAACCAAACUAUGGAUACAGCAAUGGAGAUCAACCACAACCAAACUAUGGACCCAAUAAUGGAAGUCAACCUCAACCAAACUAUGGAUACGGCAAUGGGGAUCAAUCACAACCUGAUUAUGAAUACGAUGACAAUGGAGACCAACCUGGAGAGAUAACAUCAUCGGCGAGCAUUGUAUCAUUCCAAAUCGGCUUCUGCAUCCUUAUACUCUUCCCAUUGAUCUUCUAGUCUGAUCUGGAAAAUAUAACAAACAGAUAGAGUCAGCUAGUUAGGAAUUGAAUUUAGAAAUAAUUAAACAAAUUCAACCUGGAAAA